ACGUACUAGUUCUUCAACGCUGGGUGUGUGCGAAUAAACACUUUACGCAUUAUAGUGAUAUAGUGAAUUAUUGUUUGUUUACAAACCUACAGCAUUCUAAUUAAGAUGAGCAACGAGGUACAGCCAGUUGGCACAGCGAGACUGUUGCAACUGGCACGGGAUAAAUACGUCGCGACGUAUGGUUGCGAGCCGGUCGUGGCCGCCAGCGCGCCCGGCCGAGUCAAUCUUAUUGGAGAACACAUUGAUUACUGCGAAGGAUUUGUACUGCCUGUGACCAUUCCAUUCGAGACUCUUAUAGUGGGAAGCUACAAUGAGACAGACAAAUGUAAUAUUUUGUCGGUUUUGGCGGACGAAGAUGCGCAGACCUCUUUUCCUUCAUCCUCGGCGGAGUCCCUCAAACCAGGUCCUCCGACUUGGUCGAACUAUGUUAAAGGAAGCAUCGCAAAUUUCCCUGAUCCUGUUAAAGGAUUCGACGCCGUCAUCGUGUCGGAUGUACCUAUAGGAUCCGGUUUAUCUAGCAGUGCAGCUCUGGAGGUCGCUGUGUUUACUUUUUUGGAAGCGCUUACGGGCAAAAGUGUUGAUGCUAUAGAAAAGGCACAAUUAUGCCAGAAAGCUGAACACGACUUCCCCGGAGUGCCAUGUGGCAUCAUGGACCAGUACAUAGUUACAAUGGGCAAGAAAAAUCAUGCUCUACUUAUUGAUUGUCAGUCACUGGAAGCAACCCAAAUACCAUUGGAGUUGGGUGAAUAUGUGGUCCUGGUGACCAAUUCCAACGUCAAGCAUGAGCUGACAGGCAGCGAGUACCCACAACGCAGGGCGCAGUGCCAGCAGGCCGCUGAGAAGCUGGGUCUAUCUUCACUGAGGGGCGCAAAGAGAGAAGAUCUUGAAGAGUUAAAACGUCUCAAUUGUGAUAAGUUAGUCAUAAUGAGAGCGAAGCAUGUCAUCGAGGAAAUCUAUCGCACCACAGAAGUCGCUAAGAGCUUACGUCGAAACGACUUAGAACGAGUUGGAAAACUAUUCUUCCAAUCCCACGAAUCUCUGAGCAAAUUGAUGGAGGUGUCCUGUUCUGAACUGGACGAGCUUGUUGACAUAAUAAGGGGUGCACCAGGGGUGCUGGGGGCGCGGAUGACGGGGGGAGGCUUUGGAGGGUGUGUCGUCACUUUAGUAAAACGAGAUGAAGUGGACAAUUUGAAGAGUAUUGUUUUAAAAGAAUAUAGUGGGAAUCCUACAUUCUUUAUAUGUCAAACGAACGAUGGGGCGAGGACGCAUAUAUUGUAAAUAGGGUGGUAGGUAAAUAUUAUUAAGUAAAAGUUGUAAUCAGAUUUUUUAUACACGACGGACCAUAUAUAUAAAUACAUAUAUUUAUAUAUAUAUACAUGUAGUACUGGUUGUUACUCGCGACUUCGUCUUGAAUUAAA